AUGCUCGAUGAUGCUUCCGUGCCUACCCGCCGUCGUCGUAGCUUCCGUCCGCUUGAGCUAUCCAUCUACCUUCCUGACGGUUGUGGACAUCUAUCUCCACUGCCUGACUUCGACGGUGAGGAUGCCUGGGCUAGCCUACCGUCGCAGCUGGAGCGUCCUGCUGAAGCCCAUGUCCGCGUAAGAGACUCACGUACAAGUUCUGUAUCUUCAAACCCUUCUGCCUCAUCAUUCGUCAUCCAACGUAAACCCGUCGGUGGGCAGUCUCGAAGGAGCAGUGUCCAGAGCCAGAAGAGCACCGCCACCCACGAGAGGAGACUCUCAGGAACCACCAUGGGCACCAUGGCUACGCCCACUCUAGCAUACUUGCCAGAAAACUCGCCGAUUGCCGUUGAUCAGAUGCUUGAGAAGCCCACCAUCCAGCGAUCGCGCACGUCCGGCACAUUGUCGCCUGCCCGUGUGCUUUCACGUCUCCCAUCGCCGUCGCGCAAUCGGGCCAACACUGCCCCAACCUCUCGCCCAGGAAGUCUUCGCCGUACAAAGACUGACGUAGAUGAUGCCAUCCGCGAAUUGAACACUAUAAUCGAAGAGCGCCGUGCCAGCGCUUACCGCUCCCACGCCCAUUCACCCGCACUCAUCAAUCGCCCUCCACCCUCUCCAUCUCACCACGUGCCUUACAUCGCGCCGUCCAUGCGUAUGCACGUCCGCUCUGAGACCCUCUCGGACAUCGGCUCUGCCUUCUCAGCUCCCCUGGGCUUCAAGCCACUCGCCGCCACCCCAGAAGCUACCGCGCCUCGACGAGCAACGAUGGGACUCACACUCUCCCCACCAUCCUUCGCUCACACCGGCCCCUUGACCUCGAACCCCAUCACGCCGCCACCACCCGCUACACCCACCACACCCAUCGCCCGCCUAGGAGCCUGGCUCAAGCGCUCAACCUCCACCCUAGCCUCUUCCUCGCGUCCCACGACGCCAAAAACAGCAGACUCUUUCUACCAAUGCUCGCCCUACCCCGCCCUCCCUACCUCAACAUCCCGACCCUCAACCUCCGGCUCCCGCACCUUACACACACGACAGGAAAGCCAGGAAAGCAACGGCACAGCUACCGUAACGCUCUUCUCUACUACAUCCUACACCUCCACGCGCUCCACCUCGCCUACACCAACAAUCCACUCUCUCGCCUCCACCGUCGCUACUUGCUCGCCGCCCCGCAAACUCCGCCGCGUACCUGCUCCUUUGACGCUUGUGAAGGAGAAGGAGAUCGCUGCUGAGGCUGGUCUCUUGAGCGCGACAACAAGGAAGAGCGGUGUCAUGAAUGUGAAGCCACCUAUGAGUCCUCACUUUGACUUGCUCAAGGGUAUGGAGAUUAGUGCUAAAGACGUUGGCAUUAAUGGUAGGGCAAGUGCGAUGGUCAUGAGUCCAGGGGCCGUUGGUGUUGCCUUCUAA